GGUAUAUCCAAGUUUUGUUCUUUCCCUGUCUGUUCAAACAUCAGCAUCAUAAGUCUCACUUGUUAGUUGUUGGAUCCUCCUGAAUCUGCUGUGCAAACAAGAAUAAUCUGGUGUUGUUGAGUAAUUUUGGUGGAGUAUUAGAGCCACAGAGACAAUGCCUAUUUUCGCUAAAGACUUGGAUUCUGCAUUCCAAACUGCAGGAGCAAACCCAGGCUUAGAAGUUUGGUGUAUUGAGAACCAGCAGUUGGUUCCAGUCUCAAAGUCAAGCCAUGGAAAAUUCUAUUCUGGAAGUGCAUACAUAGUUUUGAAUGCAACUUUUCCCAAAAGUGGCCCUCCUCAGUAUGACAUCCACUAUUGGCUGGGAAAUGACACAAAGAAGGUGGACUCAGGCUUGGCAUCAGACAAGGCACUUGAGUUGGAUGCAGCCUUAGGAUCAUGCAGUGUUCAAUAUAGGGAAAUUCAAGGCCAAGAAUCACAUAAGUUUCUAUCGUACUUCAAGCCUUGCUUUAUACCCAUUGAAGGAGUGUUUACUUCAAAGCAGGGGAACUUGAAUGGUGAAUACCAAGUUAGCCUGUACACAUGCAAGGGAGACUAUGUUGUUCAUGUUAAAGAAGUCCCUUUUCUAAGGUCAUCAUUGAAUCAUGAAGAUGUAUUCAUACUUGACACUGCAUCAAAAAUCUUCCUCUUCAGUGGGUGCAACUCCACCAUUCAAGAAAGAGCCAAAGCUUUGGAGGUUGUUCAGUAUAUCAAGGAAAAUAAACAUGGUGCAAAGUGCGAAGUGGCAACCAUAGAGGAUGGAAAAUUUGUUGGUGAUUCUGAUGUGGGUGAAUUCUGGAGUUUAUUUGGUGGUUAUGCUCCCAUUCCUCGAGAAUUGCCUUCCGUUCAGGAACCCGUGGCUCCAUCUGUAAAGCUAUUUUGGAUAAAUUUACAGGGAAAACUUUGUGAAACUGGAAGCAAUGCAUUCAGCAAAGAAAUGCUUGAGACAGAUAAGUGUUAUAUGUUGGACUGUGAUGGUGAGAUUUUUGUCUGGAUGGGAAGGCAGACUUUAUUGACAGAAAGAAGAACAGCUACCAAAGCUAUAGAAGAUUUUGUCAGAAAUGAAGGCAGAUCAAACAGGACUCAUUUGACUUUUUUAUCCGAGGGAUUGGAAAGUGCCAUUUUUCGUUCAUACUUUACUAAUUGGCCUAAAACAAUGGAGCCUAGGCUUUAUGAAGAAGGCCGAGAAAAAGUGGCAGCCAUAUUCAAGCAUCAGGGUUAUGAUGUGAAAGAGCUUCCUGGAGAAGAAGACAUUGAGCCAUCUAUAGAUUGCAGUGGCACAAUAAAAGUUUGGCGGGUGGAUGGUGAUGAGUUAUCACUUCUUUCAGUUACGGAACAGACAAGACUUUACAGUGGAGAUUGCUAUAUAGUACAGUAUAUGUUUCCAGGAAAUGGAAGGGAUGAGACUUUGUUUUAUGCUUGGCUUGGCUGCAGAUGUGUAAUGGAGGAUAAAACAGCUGCCAUUUCCCACAUGAAUACUCUGGCUGAUUCAGUCAGGAAUAAUCCAGUUAUGGCUCAAAUUCAGGAGGGUAAGGAGCCAGCUCAGUUUUUCUCAAUACUCAAGAGACUAAUCAUAUUCAAGGGGGGAAACAGUUCAGGAUAUAAGAAGUUUAUAGAAGAAAAAGGUUUGGUGGAUGAAACUUACAAUGAAAACCAGGUAGCUCUGUUUCGAGUUCAAGGUACAAGUCCAGAUAAUAUGCAGGCCAUCCAAGUCGAUCAAGUUUCAACCUCCCUGAAUUCAUCCUAUUGCUACAUUCUACAAGCUGAUGCAUCUAUCUAUACUUGGAUUGGGAGCCUAUCUUCAGCUAGAGACCAUAAUAUUCUUGAUAGAAUGGUGGAACUGUUUAAUUCAACAUGGCUACCUGUAUCUGUGAGGGAAGGGAAUGAACCUGAUAUUUUCUGGGAUGCUCUCGGUGGAAAGGCGGAGUAUCCAAGAGGGAAAGAAAUUCAAGGAUUCAUAGAUGAUCCACAUUUAUUUGCAUUAAAAAUAACCAGAGGAGACUUCAAGGUGAAAGAGAUAUACAAUUAUGCACAGGAUGAUUUAAUUACUGAAGAUGUUUUAUUGCUUGACUGCCAAAGAGAGAUUUAUGUUUGGGUUGGCUUACAUUCAGUUGUCAAAUCAAAACAAGAAGCUCUCAGUCUUGGCUUGAAAUUUGUGGAAAUGGACAUCCUUGUUGAAGGCCUUUCCCCGGAUAUCCCUAUUUAUGUUGUAACGGAAGGUCAUGAGCCGCCAUUUUUCACUCGUUUCUUUUCAUGGGAUCACUCAAAAGCAAAUAUUCUUGGUAACUCAUUUGAGAGAAAGCUUGCAAUUCUGAAAGGACAAUGGAAAAUUCUAGAAGGACAUAAUAGAAUCACAUUGAAAGCAAACUCCAAGGACUCUACCCCCAAUGGUUACAGAAGCAUUUCUAUUACCCCCAAUGGUCGUGGAAGAAGUAGUUCACCUAUAACUAGGAGUGUAGGCUCAGAUCCUCCAGUUGUCAAGAAGCUAUUUGAAGGAUCUCCUACCCAUAGCAGUGCUGAACAAACAAUGCCAGUGUCUGGUUCUCUAGCAACAGAAGUGGGGUCAAAUGAGACUGCAAGUUUCUCUCAGAAGGAUAGAAAUGCGGAUGGUGAGAAUUCUUUGAUAUACCCUUAUGAGCGCCUGAGAGUGGUUUCUGCUAAUCCAGUAACAGGCAUUGAUUUAACUAGAAGAGAGGUAUAUUUAUCUAAUGAAGAGUUCCGCGAGAAGUUUGGAAUGCCAAAACCUGCCUUCUACAAGCUACCUAGAUGGAAACAAAACAAGCUGAAGAUGUCACUGGAUCUAUUUUAGAUCAAGUGUGUUCAAGAGCAAGGCCAACAAAUACCUCUACUUUGUGUCACUAUAUUGCAACACUAUAGCAUGAUUAAAAUUUUACCUCGUCUAUGCAUUAAGAGUUUGAGCUUGAGUGGUUCUCUUUUUUGUGAAAUACAUGUCUUGAUUGGUAUUUUUGUCUAGCUUACUACAUAUUUAUUCUUUCAUUUUAUCUCAUAAUAUACUAUGAGGAUGCUUUUGGGGCAUGCAUGUGGAACUGUGUUCUAUUUUUCCCUUAAAAAACA